CAUUCUCUCACAGGGACAAGCUAAUUGAAGAACAGAACAGCUAAUUGUCUAAAUAUAGGGACAGCAGAAAGAAAGACAUUGGAAAAGAAUGAGAAAAAUAGAGGACAGAGUUGAAUGGAAGACCAAAGAGAUUAUAUGAGCUAAAUGUGUAAAUGAAUUGUAACCCAAGGUAAGAAAUCAAAGGCAAAUAAAGAUAUUAAUAUCAUGAUCAUGACUAAGUAAUCAACUCUAUAGGCAUAUCGAUUUUGCUCGUCGAGUGAGCUAAGCAUAGGCCAUAGAUUCGGAAGAAGUAAUAUGUUGAGAAGAUCUUGUUUAUUAAGAAAAAAACUAGACAAGAGUUAGUGUUAAUGGCAGCCCUGAAUGCAUGCCUUCACAAGGAUAUAAUCAUAUUUCAUUUAUCAUAUAAAUAUAAAGUAAUUAGUUAAUGGGAUGGAUAAAUAACAGAUUAAAAUGUCAGAUUAGGUUGCCUCUUGCAAGUUUAAAGUUGUAACUUCUAACUCAACCAAUGGUCAAAAGAAAACCAAAUGCAAGCAAUCAAACAAACAAGGCCUACACAUACCUCCAGUGUUCCAGCACCCUGUCUUUUCCAAGCAAAGGGCUAGAAAAAGAAACAAAAAACCCGACAAAACAAUAAAAACACCAAUAUAAAAUCAAGGCAUCGUAAAUCUCUGAAGAAAACUCUCAAAAUGGCAGUUUUUUUCAACAUCACCAUCUCUCCAAUACCAAAACCUCCAAAACCUUUCACCGCCUCUCUUUCUCCUCCCCAAACCCAAAUCUCUAAAGCCCCUCAAAAGCCCCAACAAAACCCCAUUUUCAAAAUCAAAGGACCUUCAACUCUCUCAGGCCACAUUUCCAUAAGUGGCUCCAAGAACUCUUCUUUAGCUCUCUUAGCAGCCACUCUCUGCUGCUCAGGCUCUUCUCUUCUCCACAACGUUCCCAAUGUCUCAGAUAUUAAAGCUGUGGCUUCUAUCUUGACUUAUCUGGGUGCUAAAGUUGAGGCCUUCGAUGGGAAAAUGAUAGUGAACAGUGAUGGAGUUGGGAAUGUGGAGGUGGAUAUGGAGGAAAUGAAGGAGAUUAGAGGUGGGUUUUUCGUUAUUGGGCCAUUGGUGGCCAGGUUUGGAGAAGCUAUUGUGGACUUGCCUGGUGGCUGUGAAAUUGGGAAUAGGCCUGUGGAUCUGUAUCUUCGUGGGUUAAGUGCUCUUGGUGCUGUUGUUCAAUUGAGGGAUGGGAAAGUGCGGGCACAUGCUGCAAAUGGCAAAGGAUUGGUUGGAGGGAGAUUCCGACUUGAUUACCCAAGUGUUGGGGCAACUGAAACUCUUAUGAUGGCAGCAUCCUUGGCUGAUGGCAUAACCGUGCUUUCAAAUGUGGCAAAAGAACCAGAGGUGGUUGAUCUUGCUCGUUUUCUGAUAGACAGUGGGGCAUCCAUUGAAGGGGCAGGGAGUGACAAUCUAGUUAUUCGGGGAAAGAGCCAGCUCCAUGGUUCUGAAUGUGUUAUAACACCAGAUCGCAUUGAAGCAGGCACCUUUAUGCUUGCUGCAGCAAUUACUCACUCAUGCAUCUCAAUGUCACCUAUCAUUCCUUCCCGCUUAUCAUGUCUGAUAGACAAACUCUCUGAAGCUGGCUGCAAAAUUUCACAGUUUAACCAGCACACACUGGAGGUUUCAGCAGUCCCUACGUAUAUUGGUGACAAUUUGAAAGGUUUUGAUAUUAGGACAAGUCCGUUUCCAGGGUUUCCAACAGAUCUCCAACCUCAAGCAAUGGCACUUCUCACUACAUGCACUGGUUCAAGCUUAGUGGUGGAGUCUGUGUUUGACAAGCGAAUGAGCCACGUAAGGGAGCUGCAGAAGCUUGGAGCAAGAAUUCGGGUUUGCGGGAGCACUGCACUGGUUUUCGGGAAAGACGAAGGAAGUUCAUUGCAUGGCGCUCGAGUUUUUGCAAGCGACUUGAGAGGUGGGGUUUCACUUGUAUUAGCUGGAUUGGCUGCAGAAGGAACCACUGAGAUCAAUAACAUAGCACAUAUUGAUAGGGGCUAUGAGAAUAUAGAUAGAAAGCUUCAACAUCUAGGAGUUGAUAUCCAAAGAUUGACUCCUGUGGCCUGUCCAUUAUAGCAAUUAAAAUUUUUGCUUCCUAAAGUUCAAAUCAAAUUUGUAACCCUUGUAGGGAUUUAGAGUCAUUUUCCCCUUCCAUCAGUAUAUAUUCAGGAUGGAGAAUUCUGCAAGGUGAAUUCACCAACGGGUAGGAUGACAAAUGUUGUAGUGGCACGAGGAUAUAACCAUUGUGUUGCUGUAUCUAUUCUUUCUGCAACACAUUCAGCUCUAUACUGACAAUUAUGUGCUAUUCAGUGAAAUUCAAUAGCUUGUUAUGUACCA